CGAUAGGCCGCCAUGUUGAGUGUGGCUAAAAGUGUGGCACUCGAAACCGAUUCUAGGUCUCCCUCACAGAAGAGUUCGCUGCGUGUGCGGCGGUUAACAGGUCUGAGAGCUGCGCUAGUUGCUGCUAAUAUGGCUGUGGAGUCUGUCACUCUUGGCAUCGACCUGGGCACCACGUCUGUGAAGGCAGCCUUGUUGGAGGCCGCACCCGGCCAGCCAUCCGGGUUCAUGGUACUGGCGAGCUGCGCCCGCACUUCGCGAGCGGAUGCCGAGAGCAAUGUGGCCGUGCCCCAGGGGCGGGAGCAGGAUGUGAGUAGGAUCAUCCGAGCCCUAAACGAGUGCCUCGCUGCCCUUCCCCAGAAGCAGCUCCAGAAAGUCGGGGCCAUUGGAGUGUCAGGACAGAUGCAUGGCGUCGUGUUGUGGAAAACAGGCCAAGGCUGUGAAUGGAUGCAGGGAGGUUCUGCCUCCAUGUUUGAGGCCAGAGCUGUGAGUCACCUGGUUACAUGGCAGGAUGGCCGAUGUAGCAGUGAGUUCCUGGGUUCCUUGCCCCAGCCAUCAUCCCAUCUCAGUGUGGCUACCGGUUUUGGCUGUGCAACCAUCUUCUGGCUUUUGAAAAAUAGUCCAGAGCUCCUGCAGUCCUAUAAUGCAGCCGGCACCAUCCAGGACUAUGUGGUUGCCAUGCUGUGUGGCUUGCGAAGACCACUGAUGUCCGACCAGAAUGCUGCUAGCUGGGGAUAUUUCAACACUCAGAGCCAAAGCUGGAACUUGGAGAUACUGAGGAGCUCGGGCUUUCCUGUCCACCUUCUCCCUGACAUUGCCCAGCCAGGCAGUGCAGCAGGCAGAACGUCCCACAUGUGGUUUGAAAUCCCAAAGGGGACACAGGUGGGCGUGGCCAUGGGUGAUUUACAGGCCUCUGUCUAUUCUUGCAUGGGCCAAAAGACAGAUGCAGUUCUCAACAUCAGCACCUCGGUUCAGCUGGCAGCCUCUAUGCCUUCUGGAUUCCAGCCCACGCAGACUCCGGACCCUGCAUCCCCUGUUGCCUACUUCCCCUACUUUGACAGGACCUACCUGGGGGUGGCGGCAUCACUCAAUGGGGGCAAUGUGCUGGCCACAUUUGUCCACAUGCUGAUUCAGUGGAUGGCAGAUCUAGGUCAGCAGUCCAGGCCUAGGGAAACCAUGGCUGUCACAUGCAGAGGUCAUUUGGAGGGACUCAAAGUCAAGUAACUGCAAGAAAUGCUCAACACAGAAAAAGGCGAACCCAGGCAGCAGAGAAUUAAGUGUGAAGCUCCUGCUAGUUGUGUGGACAAGUGCUGCUGGCUGAUGUCAGUGUUUUCAGCGUGCCCAGGAUGUCUGGAUCACCAGGCAAGUUCCAUCCCCUGUGGGGCGUCCUCUCAGGGAUGCUCUGUUGAAAACCCAGGGAAGAUUUUUCAGUUGCAGAACCAGUCAUCGGAACCUCCAGGCAGACCCUUUAACCAGGUGCUGGUGUCACUGGGUUGUGUAUAUGUUGUCAGCAGGCCAGUGUUUUUCAUACCCCUGAAAGAAUUUGUCAUG